AGCGGUUGCGCACGCGCAUUAUUGUAAGUACAUCAACUCCUCCGACGAUGGCAACCUUGACAAAAGUCAAGUCUGACUUGGGAGCUAUUUCAGCCCUAGCUUCCUCGGUUCCUACACCUUUCCCAAGAGAUAUUCUGGUAAUCAACAGCUCUGCAGUGGACACAUCCACAUCUUUUCAAGAACAGCAGCCACAGCUACAGGAAUCAGAAGCAGGUCCUUCGAAUAUAUUAGAGGUCCGCGAAAGGUCUCAAAAUGGACAACAAACUGAUUCGCUGCACGAAUUAAUGCCCUCUAUCGUCCAUGUCGAACGAGCCUGUAUAAUGGCUCUAAACAACCUGCUCUCUCUUCCUCUUCGAUGGAAAACGAUUGUACCAGACCGUCGUCAUUCCAUGCCAAACUCGCCACGAUCUUCAUCUCCUCAGGCUGUAGAGGAAUCGUCUUCCUCAGCUCUCCACACCCUCGUUUCCAACCUUCGUACUAGAGGCACUGGAGAAAUGAUCCAAGCUUCCCCUUCAGAAUCCGAUGCCGACCUCAUUCAGGAGCUCCACGUCCGUGUGGACGAGAUAUCUUCAUCCUUAGACUCUUCAGAUGCCAUACUCGUCAAGACUCUCAUUGCACUUCUCUCUCAUUUACAUCGCCUCUCCAUCCUCGUAAACCCUUCUUCGCCCAAACCGAUAACCUCUUUCUGGAAUGCGGCUGAUUCAGAUGAAUCUCUCAAUCUUUUUGAUGCGCUCAAGCGUCAACUGAGCGACUUUCAGCUCGAACGAUCAACGUCUCAGCAGGAUGUCGUUCCUCGUGGAUCCAAGCCUGUUCUAACAGUGGAGGCUGCUCUUCUUUGGUCGAAAAUCGACCAAGAGCUCGAUACAGUUGUGUCCAUGUGUAAAGAGCGAACAGAAUACCUUUCAUACGAUCCUCCAGACUAUGAAUACGACACUCUUCCCGUCUACGACCAUGAUUCUCGGUCUUCUAUGGAAGAUUUUGACCAACCGAAAUUACGAGCCGAGGUAUCGUCUUCGUCAGUCAUUCCUGGUGGACAAAUGUCCGAGAAGAGGAAACUCGACUUGGAGGCUGUAACAAUGGCAAUCGACAGAUUAUAUCUCGUCGCCCCGCAAUUGCAUAAUCAACGUGUAGAACUCAAAUCGACCAAGCUCGCUCAGAUGGAGAAAGCCAGGAGGCAAGGUUCUCAGUCCGCAACCUCCUCGCGUUCCGCUGGAAAGCAGAAGGAGCAAGAUCGAGAUAUAAAGGAUCUGGAAAACAUGCUAGAGCUCAUUAACAAGGCAUCUGGCCGAACCUUGAAGGAUCAAUCUGUCAUUCUGGAUGGCGGGAUGCAGGCAAGGUUGGAGAAAGUCCGUCAACGUGACAUGGCUAAACGAGAAGCCUUCGUUGACCAGCUCGCUGAGCACUCCAAUGCGGGUCGUCUACACGACCAGGAUGCCUCACUUCAGAUAAAGAUCAAAGAUCCCGAUGCGAUGCUCUCGCUUCCUGAAUUCAUCCGGGAGGCAGUUCCAGUCGACUCUUUGAAAAUACAGAACCCGAAAGCUCUACUCACUCUUCCUGAGUUUAUCAAGGAAGUUCCCCCUCCACAUAUCAUCUCGUCUCGCUCUACCAGCGCGUUGCCAACUCCAGCGCCUGCUGGAGGCGCGUUUGCUCGUCUAAAAUCCAGAUCCAAGAACAGGGAUAGGAGUAUGUCUGCGCCGCCUUUGGCGUGGUUGAGAAGCUCGUCUUCAAAAUCGAAUCUCCAAGAGUCACAAUCUAAAUCUAAUGAAGACGCGUCGGCCCCCCAGCUUUCAUUUGAGGUUACUUACGUCGCCGAGUUUCACGAAAAUCUUCAUCAUGUCCUAGUUUUUUUCACUGUCGCCGGGGCACAGCCCGGAGUUGACCUCGAAGCCGAGGUCGUACCUUCAUUCUCCAACAAUCAAUCCGACGAUGGUGACCGGCUCAUCAUCAAAAGCGGAUCCAAGUCUUCCCUUCCUCUGCUCCUCCCUGCCCGCGUUGUACCCGGAAAGCAGGAAAUCAAAGUACAAAGUAACCACUUUGAAAUUAAACUUGCCGCAUUAACCUCUUCACCCUCACCAUCAGAGUCUGGUCCCCUUCUUGACGCUACCCAGCUUUCCAAUUCUAAUCCAACAAGUUUCAUCUGCUCAAUGUGCUCGCUCCAGCUCAUUCAAUCAUCGACAAUUCAUUAUCGGGACCUGCCAUCAGAGCAUUGGGAGGAACUCGUUGAUGCAUGGAUGUGUCACUCCUCUCAAACAUUGAACGAGAACGUGGUGAAGAACGGCCGUGGAUUUUGGCCUAGUACCGAUCAGGCGCUUGUUGGGGGUAGCUAUAUCCUUUUCGAAGACUCCGCCAUGGUCAAAGAUAAUUUACAUCCUGAUACAUUCAAAGGUGAUGACCAUCACCUGGUUCGCUGCUUGUGCGGGUCCGUCCUAGGCCGAUGUCAGGAGCAUCCAACUGACACCACUAAAGUCAUGGCCUACAAGAUCUUGAAGUAUGCUGUUCGUCCGGUCAGCGCUUCCUCAGAGCCUCUCAGGAUCCCAUUAUCUGCGUUCAUUGUAGAAGACAUGGUUGAGUUCGUACACGCUCAUGCAUCAUACCGGUUUAUCAUCUCUGAUGAAGAGGACGAACGCCCUCGCAUUCUCAUCUGGUUGUUCAAGCCUAACCUCCAGCUCGCUUACACCACCUCAAAGCAUUACGCAAUCCCAAGAAGUGGCUCGAUGAAUGCAGCUAAGGUGUUAUACAAGCUCAUGGGACCGUCUGAAGGAAACAUGGAUCUCCAAAAUAUUUUGGAAAGAUACCCAGGAUUCCCGCAGGCAGAGUAUCUUUUCUACCCGAUGGACACCUGCCAGAGGCUUGCUAUCCUACUGAAAGAGAGCAACAGAACUUAUCCAGACAACAUGCGAAUCAUGACGGGGUUGGAAGUUGGGUGGCUACAACGUGCUUGAGCCGGUUAUCUCACCCGGUCCCCCUCCUGGUUCAUUAUUCGUUGAACUGUUCUCGUAUACUAAUAUCGCACCAGGCUCCAGAUGUGUCCUUGGGAUAUCACUAUACUCGUCACCGCAUAUUUCCUUCGGAUAGUCUGUUUGUAGAACUUGUUCGCAAUAGAUAUCCUUCGAGAUUGAACGUACAUAUGCAUGGCUGCAGAGACUCAGUUCAUCUUUUCUUU